UUAAAGAACCCGCACAGAUAUCUCAGCAGUGACAUGUGUAGAAAUCCUCACGGAGUCCUCUUAUAAUCAUAAAUCAAAAUAUUGCAACAUCGUGAAUCAGAAACGAGUAACUGCAACAUUUUCUUUCUUUUUCAUUUCUAUGUGAGUCAUGAUUUUUUGUUUUUUUGCCUCCAAGGGGUUAGCCUCGUUUGUGUGCUAGAUCUAAACUGAUAAAAAAAGAUAUACAUGAACCGUUUUAAGUCCCAAAGGUUUUGCUAGGACGAUAGCAAGAGCAAAAGAAAGUUAAUUUAAUAAAGAAGGGAUACAUAUUUCGUUUUGCGAGGUUCUUCUUCAAAACAACGGGGAACGCUCUUUUGUUUCUAACAGUUUGCUAUAACACAUUCCUUAAGCUGGCGGAGGGCGUCUGUUUUUCUUUGCGUAUUCGAACACCAAAAAGUCUUAAGAAAGGCUUGGGCAGACUUGAGCUUCAUUGUGGACUUGAAAGAGGACAAUUCAAUCAUUUAUAACGGCAGGUCAAAUGUUCUUUGCCGAAGACGUUGAAGAUGGGAAGCAAUCUGAUAUUUUUAUGAAUUCAACAUACUUGAGCGCAAAAUGUGCAGGUUUUCAAUUUUUCAAUCAUGUGCCACAUUUUUCGAUUUUCACUCGAUCGAUUCAAACAUUCGCUCUUAUAACUGGAAUUAAGCGCCUGGGAGUAUUGCUAGUUCCCCUGUAAGGGAUGCAAGUCCACUAUGGCGGGACUUAAAUAUGGGGCUAACCUUAGUUUUGAAAAAUUGGAUCGUGAAAUCAUGUUAUAUGACGUCAUGUUCUAGACAGAACUGUCUAUGGCCUCGACUGUUUUAUAAAUAUACUGCCUGUGCGUAGGUAUUGUUGUCUACAGUAUUCAAAGAUAUGGUAAAAUGAUUUCCAACGUCAUUGCUUUAAAAGAACAACUUACUAUCCGGCGGCCAAAUGUAGCUCACGGCCUGACAGAUGGCUGGCUCAAAGAACUUUCCUAGAAUAAUAAGUCUCGUUACGCUUGAACUCGAUCUUUAUCAAUCAGAUGACUCUGAGGAGUAAUAAGCUAUAGUUAAGUUGUAGUGUUAAUGGGAGCUGGCUGGUGAACGUGACUAAGUCCAAUUUACAUAAAUGCUCUCUCAAACUACUUUUUUUUUUAAUUAUGGAAAGUGCUAUAACAGAGUUCCUAAAACAAUUUACUGUGGUUUUCAAUGUAGAAACCAGACAUUGUCCGCCCUACUGAAGGGUUAGUAACUAGAUUGAGAUGAUUUUGAAGGAGAUGAAAUGUAAGACGACAGUAAAGAACCUUGUUAUAUUAUAAAAUGAGAGGAAAUUAACAGUUAAAAAAAUAAUUUUACUGAUGCUUUCACGGGAGAACAAAGAAUAUCUAAAUGAUGCCUUUUUUCAGUGUUUUUGGGAUCUUACUCAACUAUCAAACGUGGUAAUAGGCUUUGGAUUAAUAAAGUGGUCGUUAUAAAAUCAAUUUACAUACCUCAGCCGAUCGAUGAGGUUAGACGCGAACUCUCAAUGACGCCUUUUCAUACAUGUGACAUAAAUUUGUUUUAAAUCGACAACCUUUCGCAAUCUUGAUUAGCUUUAGUCACGUUCUUAAGGUCAAUAAAUGGUUGUCAAGUCCGUUUUUGAAACGCAACAAGUGAGAGUCACUCAACCAGUGAAUUGCUUAGUAACACGAAUUUGUAUACUAAAGUCAAAAUUUUCGAAAGCACCUCUUCAUUAAAAUUCAAGCUGCCGAGGAUCUCACUGAAAUUAUUGUGUUCCUGCGAGAUCUAUACAUACUUUUUGAAACAACAACUAUAAACCGUGAACGAGUCCUUAAACCCUCCAGGGGGAGAAGCAGUAGGGCAUAAAAUCGUAUUUCCUAACAAACGCAAGACAUUGCCAUGCUUUUAAGAUCUUUGCAAGCCGCUUGGUAUCCCGCAUCUCUUUCACAGAGCGGCCUUAUUGGAUUUUACAAAAAGAAUAAGGUUGAUAGCAACGAUUUAAUCAAGCCUACUCGAUUAUUCUUACUUGAGAUGUUAGAUUGUUCGCAUUUCCUGCCACUCAGGUUGGAAUUUCCGUCUCAUGAUAUACGUUUGUUUUCAGUUGUAAUUAACAGACUUCCGCUGACGUGUUUCCCGCUUCCUGUCUUUUUCUUUACCACUUUUGUCUUCCUAUAUUAGAGAUAGUACAGAUGGAGAAAGCUGCAUUACAGCUUGUUGAAGAUGCAGGUCAAGAAACGAUUAUCCUGUGCGGUUGGAAAUGUUUUCAACGACCUCUACCGACAGCUCCCAUUCUCGUUUCAACUCUUGUUCUUCAUGGACGUGGUUGAACUUUCACCAUCAGAGGCAGGACUACUGUUACUCAUCGGACAAAUUGCGGACGCACUUUUUUCUCCAAUCUCAGGGUACCUUGGUGAUCGUGUUGAUAUCCCUUUCUUUUCAAAGAGAAUUGGGAGGCGAAAGUCCUGGCAUUUCUUCGCAACAGUCAUCAUGGCUAUCGCAGUCCCCCUUUGGUUCAAUCGGUGCUUUUUGUGUACUGGCAAUUAUCAAAACUGGCUUCCACUCGUUUACUUCGGUUUUUUCCGGGUGUUGAUAAACAUGUGUUUCAACGUGGUUGAGAUAAAUCACAUGGCUGUCAUUACAACUGUCGCCGAGUCUGUGGAGGAAUGCGCAGUUCUGAGCUCCACGAGAACUGUGUUCAGUUUCCUAAGUGGUGUUUACAUUUAUGCCAUCGCCUGGAGUCUUCUCGGACAAGACAGUGAAGGCGUUCUUGGACCCAACAACCUGUCGGAUUUUGCGUACCUCUCUUGGAUUGCUGCUGGAACUGGAGUCUUCUUUGCAACCGUCUUUCUCAUUGGUACAAAGGAACCUCAGAGACGUGUGAGAAGAAAGAGCACAUUCUCGACUAUUAUGAACGCACCAGGAAUGUUUGUAAUGCCGCCGUUUGGAAGAGAAAGGGCAGGUUCUUCACAAAUCAACCUCGCUCAUAGAUUUGUGGACAUGAUUAUGGCUUCGUCUCAAGUCGAAACUUAUCAGCAAGAGCACAAGGGACAUGAAGAAAACCAAACCCAUGAACAGCGAGAAAGAAGAAAAAGUCUACUGCACAAGUUUGCUGCUGCAAUAUUUUCCAAUGAGCAAGAUGAAACGGGCCUUACUCAAUCAGAUCCUGAUCCAGAGAAGGGAACUAAGAACCCAGAUAGUGAGGAUGCUAAAUCGCAAAUGUGUUUAGAAGUACAGCAAUUAGAUCAUGAACGUAAGAAGAGUCUGCUAGUGCGUUUUUUGGACGGACUCCUCGUAAGAUUUGAUCAAGAAGACGAAGAGCAACCUAAAUCCACUAUAUACACUGAAGACCGAGUUUUAUUGGGCAGUCAAUGUGAAAGGUAUGAGACCGAUAAAGAUUACUAUAAAAAGGAAGAGAUCAAGUCCCUUUCCAAUGGAGAAACUCGGAAUAUGUUCAACGACAACGAAGCUGGUAAAGCUCAAACAGAAGAGGAGAAGGAAGAAUGUGAUGAAGAAAAAGGAAUCCGGGCCAUCCCAGAAACAUCGAUGNGAACUCGCUGA